UAAGUGGACUGCUUGAAAAAUACCCUAGGUCUAGAUGCUAUUCCUUUGAUAGUUUCACAUGACAAAGCUACUAGUUUAAAUAUAAUCAGAUUUAYGCAGAAUCAACUUUCUAAGGCCAACACUUUGGGAAAAGAUCAUGUGUCUUCACAGGGCAUUCCAUUCUUAUCUCAUUUUAUCAUGUCAAGUUUAUUCAUGUCCAUCUGUAGUAUCUGUAGCAAGAAAAGUAGGAAGCUGAAACAAGGCAGCCUUUGCUGGGUAGUCUUAUCCCUAGGUGAAUUAGUAGGUUGCUGUUAGCCUUCUAUUAGUUUUGCUGUUGUCAUUUGAAGCUGUAUUUUAUGAAAUAUAAACUUGUAUGAAGUUCCCAAAUCCGAGAUCAAUGCACUGCAAAUUGAUUGGUUUUUGCAAAACCAGUGAGGCAAGAAUAUCAACCCUUAAUUAAAAAGAUUUUCCUAGUAUAGUUACAGAAAAUCUUUUUCCCAUAAUCCAAAUAGCUUGUAAUAGAUAUAUGUUUCCCAGUCAAUUACUAUUCCGUAUUUUGGAGGUUCUUGUUAUGUGCCUAUGUGAGAAAUGGGAAUUUAGUUUAAACUUUAGGAGAGUCAUUACCACCUGCAAAGAGGAUCUAUGUCUGCCCAAGGAAGCUUUCUUCCUUUUUGCAAAUAAUGGUGUUCUGGAAGGUUUCAACUCAUUAAAAGCAAUUAACUCAUUGCCAGUGGUCAUCCACUCAUCCUCCACUUUAGUCCAUCAGCAGGUUCUGGUGCAGGAGCAGACACUUCAUUUGUCAGGGAAAUCAAUCAUGAUUUUGAGGGUUGCUUGAUUGAGGAAUCCAGGUCCCUCCAGUGUCUGAGGUACUUUCACAUGUAGGAAAUAGAGAUCAUCCUUGUUCCUUCCACCUUGACUGGAGAUGGUAGUUUCAAUGGAGUUCAGAUGCCUCUUCUUCUCUGGGGUCUUAGGUUGAAUUGCUCCUUGGUGCUUGUCUGGAGAAGUAGUUGAGUUACUCUUUGGAUUUUAACUGCAUGGUAGAAGGAAACUGUCAAAUGAUAAUUAGCUAGAUGAAAAAUGGCUAUUUAUCCUUUGGGGCACUAUAUUAAGGGAUGAGGUGGGAACACCCCAUUCAGAUUGGAUCCCUAUAUCUGCUAAUUUGUAUGCAGAUAAUCUCAUUGGCUUUCGCUUAAAUUUCUGUCUGACUUGCUGAGUUGCAAUAAUAUGCCAUUGCUUAAUGAGAUAUUUCCAGUUCAAGCCUUAUCAAGAUCUUUCUAAUGUUCUACCCGUAUCUUAGUUUUUCUGCAAAACUCUGUUCAAGGCAUCUGACAGUGAAAAUAUGAUGAUUCUGUUGCAGCCUCUGGCCAUACUUGCAGACAAGAAAUGUAAGAGAUGUGGGUUAUAUGAAGAGGACACCAUAAAAUCAGAUGAUGUAUUUGAUGAGUGGGAACUUUGUGCUUCUGAUUUUAUAGCUCCAGAUGGAUAUUAUGUGCAUUUCAAGGACAAGGAAUUCAAUGCUACAUUUUUAUGUCCCCAGUGCAUGCUUCUUGAAGAUGGUUCUGAUCAUAUUUCUGGCUCACAUGGUGGAGUGAAUGCGUUUUGGGUGAUAGUGAUCGGUGUGCUAAUUUCCAUUGUAUCUAUUCUUGGAGCAGUGGCUUCCUACAAAUACUGGAAGAAGAAGAAGAGAGAACAAGAUCAUGCACGCUUCCUAAAGCUUUUUGAAGAUGGGGAUGAAAUUGACGAUGAAUUGGGCCUUGGCAAUCCAAUAUGACAAAUCAUGUAUUCUAUUCAUUGUUUGAGGCUUUCCUGCCCUGUGUAUAUUAUUAGCAUAGUUGUGUACACUAUGAACUAGCACUCUUAAGUUUUGAUGUARGCAAAUUUUGGAAUACACAAGGAAAAGGUUGCGCUUAAAGAAUA